AUGCUGGCUCGGCGCCAAGCCGGGGCGCCGCUGUCUCGGGCCGCCGUCCCUCCGGGAGUUGGCCGCGCCCUCCCCCGCUCCCCGACGCCUCCGCGCGUCCCCGCCCCGUUUCCUGCGGCCGCGCCCCGCCCCGGCCCGUCCCCGGAGCGGCGGGGCGGCGCGGGCGGCCGGAGCCCAGGCCUGGAAGUCGGCGGGCCCCGCCCCGACCGGGCCCGCCCCCUCGGGGCGCCCCCGCCGCGCAGCGCCCCCUACCCGCCGCCGGAGGGAGGGUUGGGGACCGCGCGGCCCGGCCGAGGAGCUGCGUUCGGACCACGUGGGCACGGGGAGGGGGCGGCGGGCGCGACAGGGUCCCUGUCCCAGCCCGCGUCGGCCGCGCGGGGGCGACCCGCGUGCCGUGUGCACCGCGUGCGUGUGUUCGCUGAGCGCCCUGACCGACCAGGCGCGGCGGAUCGGAGUAGGGGUCUCGACCUGCCAGGAGGGCUAACACGAGAACGACAGGCCGGACCCAGUGCAGACGAAGAACUGGAGCUUCUGGGGGACUGGAAGCGGGCGGAGGGUCUUUGGGAAACGGGCGGACUUCUGGAGAAGCUGAACUCGCACCACCCAGCAGUUCUGCCCCUGGUUCUGCUCCUGGGACAUCAACAACCGAGAGGAACGCGUGGGCAUGAGCCCCGAGAGAUGUGUCCCCGGAGGUCCAUAUCCCUGUCGAUAACGGCCUCAAACUGGAAACAGCCCGUCAAGAGUAGAGUGGAAGCGGAAUUGUAGCCUGGUCAUACGGUGGACACAGCAGAGAGUGAUGUCCCGCACGACGGGGGGAUGUUUCCUGAAAGAAAUCGGAUACCACUGUAUACGCCGCGUGAUUCCUUCCAUAUGAAGUUCAAAACACACAAAACUAAUCAAUCGGUGUCAGGAGAAGUGGUCGCCCUUGAGAGACAGAAAGGGAGCUCUGGCCCUGCUCCUGUUCAGUUUCUUAACCGGAAACUGAUGAAGAUAGGGCUGGUCGCUCCUCCCCCACUGUAUUUACUUUGAAUAUUCACCAAACUUUGAAAAUUCACCAAAUGUUCCCUGUCUAUUAUACCUCAGUAAAGCCUUACUUAAAAUGA